AUGGCAUACGUGCUGCAGAAAUUGUUCCAUGGCUACAAUCAGUUUAUAGUGGAUCAUCGAGAUAAUCGCAGCGUCGAUCUCCCACUGUUGAACUCAACCUGGCAGAUUCCGGCGAUUGUGACGAUCUAUCUGGUGGCGGUGCUGAAUGUUGGACCACGUUUCAUGCAGAAUCGGAAACCCUACGACCUGCGGCUUCUCAUACGAGGAUACAAUAUAGUACAGGUUGCGGCGAACAGUGCAUUCUUUCUAGCGGAGGUUUAUCUUCUAUCUCGACGAACUGACUUCUCGUACAGCUGCCAACCGGUAAACUAUUCCCCCACCCGACAUGGCUACGAAGAAAUGUACCUGUCCUACGCCUAUCUGUUGCUUAAGGUUAUGGAUCUGGCCGACACGAUGUUCUUCGUUUUGCGCAAGAAACAAUCGCACGUGUCAUUCCUGCACGUGUACCAUCACGCCAUUAUGGUUCUGAUGACCUACUGUGGAGUACUGUUUGUACCAGGUGGUCACAUCUUCCUGCUGGGCCUAUGGAACACUUUAGUCCACGCAGUAAUGUAUCUUUACUACUAUCUAUCGUCCUUUAAAUCCCCGCUGGCAGCCCGGUUCAAGAUGUACCUCACCCGGAUGCAGCUGCUGCAGUUCAUUCACCUCGGAAUUCACUUCGGCCGACCGGCCCUGCUAGGAAUUGACUGUGGCUUUCCGCAGCUGUGGCACUGGAUCGGCUUCGGGCAGGCGAUUUUCAUUCUAGCCAUGUUCACCGAUUUCUACAUUAAAUCGUACGUGGUGAAGUCCAAAAAAGCAUGA